AUGUCCUCCGACGAAGGCGACUUUGCACCAAGCACCAGCAACCCAUCGAACAAGAAGCAGAAACGUCUCCCCCGCGCCUGCGACCACUGUCGCAAGAGAAAGAGUGAUAGCUCACAGAUGCCGGGCAAUCGUUGCUCGAACUGCAUCGCGUUCAACCUCGAGUGUCAGCACACCAUCCCCGUUCGUAAACGGGGACCGCAGAAGCGAUAUGUUGAGGAACUUGAGGCCCGCAUCAACAAGAUGGAGGAACUUCUGCGAAAGCUCAACCCAGGAAUGGACGUCGCGAAGGAGCUUCAGAAAGACGGUUCAUCCUCGCCUGCUGACGCCAACUCCCCCGAAUCCUUCCAUCUCUUUAACGCCGACUCGCCUGAGGACAUCAUCGACGAACUCGAAGACGAGCGGACGCAGAACGAGCUCAACGACAAGCUAUCCAGGCUUGAUAUACACACUCUUCCUCUCCGCUUCUUUGGAAAGUCAAGCAGCUUCAUGCUCAUGAAGUCCGCGCUUAAUGUCAAAGAGGAAUUCAUUGGGAAGAUGAAUCUCGAGUUCUUUGAGUCGGACGUCAGGCGAGACAAGUUCUGGAGACUGGAGCCCUGGGAACGCCGCUUAGUCUCCGACGACGACGAGCGCAAACCGCUCGUCUUCCCGCAGCUUAGCCUCCUUUACCGCCUCGUCAAUCUCUUCUUCGAGGAAGUACAGCCCGUCUUCAACAUCUUCCACCAGCCCACCUUCAUGCGCGAGCUAAAGAACGGCCUCCACCUUCGCGACCGCUUCUUCGGGUCCACCGUGCUCGGCGUCUGUGCCGUCGCCGCGCGCUUUGCCAAUGAGCCUGCGACGUGGUUGGACGACGACCCGCUCUCCGCGGGCUGGAUGUACUUUGAUCAGAUCCGGGUCAUGCGCAAGCAGAGCUUGUUCGAGGUUUCCAGCCUCUAUGAGAUUCAGUGCUAUUGUGUGUGUAUCAUGUACAUCUUCGGGACGACGACGCCGCAGGGGGCAUGGAACCUCAUUGGUAUUGCACUGCGGUUCUGCGAGGAGGUCGGGGUUCAUCGGCGUAACGGCGCGGCGAAGACUGUGUUGACGGAGCAGUGGAAGCGGGUGUUCUGGUGCUUGGUAAUCAUGGAUCGAAUGACAAGCGCUUUUCUCGGGCGUCCAUCUGCUAUACAUCACGAUGACAUUGACGCCGAGUACCCAGUCGAGUGCGACGAUGAAUAUUGGGAAACCUCCGACCCCGAGGUCAAGUUCGCUCAACCCGAGGGCACGGUCGCGCACACGCCGAUAUAUUUCAACACCCAUCUCAAGGUGGUCGAUCUGCACUCCAUCGCCUUCCGCAACCUCUACACCACCGCCAAGUCGCGCGUGCAGGCCGGGCGCUAUGGCCCAGCCUGGGACCAGCGCAUCGUCUCUGAGCUCGAUUCGGAGUUGAACAACUGGAUGGACAGCGUGCCAGAGUUUCUACGCUGGGACCCCACACGAGCGGACAAGACCUUGUUUUUGCAGAGCGCCAUGCUUUAUUGCUCCUAUUACUACAUUCAGAUCCAGAUUCAUCGCCCGUUCAUUCACAAGGACUCCCCGUUGGCGUUCCCGUCGCUCGCUAUCUGUACCAAUGCGGCUCGGUCGUGCGCGCGACUGCUUGAGGCGCAGGUGAAGAAGGGUUGGAUAUUGCGCGCGCCGCAGAUGUUUAUCGCGGCGUUCAGCGCGGGGAUUGUGCUCCUCAUCAACGUCUGGGGUGGUCGCAAGAGGGGGCUCGCCUUAGACCAAGACCGAGAGAUGCACGACGUGUGGAGCUGUAUGAACUUCCUGUCCGUGUGUGAGAAGACGUGCGUCCCCUUUUCCAUAUAA